GCCCUAACUUGCCUACAUCAAUCUGUAGUUACCUGGGCAAAGGGGGUGUCUCAAGCACUGGGGCAAGAACAUACCAAAUUUAAAAAGUAAUUUUGUAUCCUUAAGACCCCAGCAUUGACCCCUCCAUUUAACCAGCACAGGUACAUGUGCAAGUACUCAGGGCCCCAGAGGGCAGGCAGAGAUGCAGGAGGGUGUCACACUACUGAUAAAAGCACAUUGUUGAUCUCACAAUCUUGCAUGCAAACACGGUUCAAUUGUGUUUAUUUCUUGCUUGCUGGGAGUCAGGGCGGGGGCCUCAGGGGCCACUCCCUACUACACAUAAAUCAGCAAGAAAGGGGUUAACAUUAGGAUAAUAAAGGGUGGACCUGAGUGAGUGUGUGAGAGGAAGAUUGUGCCACACUUCCCUCUGCUACCGAGACAGGAGAGGCCAAUGCAAACUGUGCAAGGAAAAACUGAUAUGCCGGAGUCAGACAUGGCCAGGCCUCUGUUGGAGAGGGAUAAUAGCGUUGGACCCUGGGGCUCCUGUUCUGGAGGGACCAUUGGAAUAUUGGGCACCGGGGAUUUUGCUCGCUCACUGGCCACUCGCCUCCUGUGCUCUGGGUUUAAGGUGGUGGUUGGGAGCAGGAACCCAAAGCGCAAUGUAGGAAUUUUUCCUGCUGAGGCAGAGUUGAUGUCUCAGGAGGAGGCAGUGAAAAGGGUGGAGCUGGUGUUUGUGGCCCUAUACAAGGAACAUUAUUCCACCCUGAGAAGUCUGGCAGGGGCCCUCUCACGUAAGAUCCUCAUUGACAUCAGUAAUAACCAGGAAGUGAACACAAAGGGAGAAUCCAAUGCCGAGUACCUUGCCUCCCUCUUCCCUCACAGCACAGUGGUGAAGGGCUUCAACGUGGUGUCAGCGUGGGCCCUGCAGUCUGGACCCAAAGAUGGGAACAAGCAGGUUCUGCUCUGUUCCAAUUGCCCUGAAGCAAGGAGCCAUGUGGCUGGCAUUGCCCGGAGCAUGGGCUUCAUCCCUGUAGAUAUGGGAAGCCUUUGUUCUGCUAGGGAGAUUGAGAACAUUCCCCUCCGGCUCCUGCCAUUUUGGAAAGUUCCAGUGGUUCUGGCACUCUGCCUCUUCCUGUUCUUCUACCUGUACAAUUUUGUGCGUUCCGUGCUGCACCCCUACUUGAUAGAGAACAAGAACAAGUUCUACAAGAUCCCUAUUGAUCUGGUUAACGUUACCCUCCCUUGUGUCUCCUAUGUACUCCUGUCCAUGGUAUAUCUGCCAGGAAUCCUGGCUGCCUUCUACCAACUGCACAGAGGCACCAAGUACCAGCGCUUCCCAGAUUGGCUGGAUCAGUGGAUGAUUCACAGAAAGCAGAUAGGAUUAGUCAGUUUCUUCUGUGCCUGCCUACAUGCCAUUUAUAGCCUGUGCCUCCCCAUGCGCAGGUCUGCACGCUACCUCCUCAUUAACGACGCUGUGAAACAGGUCAAGGAUGGAGGAGCAGAUGCCUGGGUGGAAGAGCAGGUAUGGCGGAUGGAGAUAUACGUGUCUUUUGGGAUCAUGGCGCUUGGGGUGCUCUCUCUGCUGGCUAUUACCUCCCUGCCCUCCAUCUCUAACUCACUCAACUGGAGAGAAUUCAACUUCAUCCAGUCUCAGCUGGGAUUGGUGGCGCUGCUCAUUAGCACACUGCACACGCUGACUUUUGGCUGGAAGCGAGCCUUUGAUGGCAAUUUCUACAAGUUCUACUUGCCGCCCACUUUCACUCUCACCCUCGUGGUGCCCGGUGCCAUUAUCCUGGCCAGAGUUACCCUCCUCCUGCCCUGCAUCCACCGGAGGCUGAUGAAGAUCCGCAGGGGCUGGGAGAGGAGGAGCUCAUUCCAGAUCAUGAUGACAAAUUGUACAGAGGAAAUGGCAGAAAGUUCCAGCAAUGUUUAAGGGGGCUCCCUAACCCUGAAGCAGAGAGAUAUUAAUUGCCUCAUAGCUGCAAAGAUUUAAUCUAAGCAAUGAUGAUGAAGUGAUGGCCUUAUAUAUAGUUUAUAUAUAGUAUAUAUAUAUAUAUAGCUCAGGGGAUGGCCCCUCCACAUGAAUCUACAGGGGGCUGUCUCCAGUCCUGUAAUACAGUGCUCUACUCUAGCUGGAAAAGUUUUACACAUGCCAAAACAACAAGGAUCUCACAAGGUGCAAAAAACUGGAAUGCCUGACCCCAAAUGGCAAUGGCACCAAUUCUUGGUUCAGCCUGGUACUAUGAGUAUUCAUAGCCAGGUAACUACCAGGAUGUAUUGCUCCCUGAACUCCCAGGGGCAUCCAGGAAAACUGUCUUUUGGGCUAUGAUAACAGAACCGGGUAAAUUACAUAAACUGAUGCACCCACAGGCGAUUUCAGUGCGAUCCGACGUGAUGCGCAAAAACGCAGGUGUCAAGACGGAUGCGACCGAAAUAAGGUAAGCAACAGGAAUGUCAGAUGGUGUUGCAGCGCUGUCGGAUGCAGACCAUCUGACAGUCGCGGCGGAUGAACGACGUGACUUCAUCAAACAUUUUCAUCUCUUACCUUAUUUCCGUCGCAUCCGACUUGAUGCCUGCGUUUUU